AUGCAGCAAGAAGUUGAGCAAGGUCAUGACAACUUGCAUUCCUCGUUGAAAAGACAUCUCGAAGAUGAGAUCGUGACGCUGUUGAACGAGAAAGAGCUGAAGAUUCAGUCUCUUGCUCAGAAGCUCGACUCCUAUCAGAUGAAGACCAAAGUCUCGCUCGACAGCAUCGCGCAAUGCCAACGUCACUCGUACAAGCUCUGCAAGACCUUGAAGCAGUUCCGAUGGGAUUUUGAUCAGGAGGUGGUGGAGCUGCAGAAGAGCCUUCGGCGAGAUUAUGUGAAGCAGCAGACGCAGGCGCAAGACCAAGACAAGAAAACCAAGUUGAUCCAGAUACUGCGCAAGCAACUGGAGAUGUCUAGCAGGACAGAAGAGCGUCUUGACACGAGCAGCAGAAACUCGCUUGUUCUGCUGAUUUGUUGCGACCUCCCCCUUCUGUCGAGGGACGGCCCCGAGCUCGCGCUGGCUGGAGCAAGGAGAACGUUGGACCACGUGGUGGAGCUUCACAGGCUGCUGAGCUGCGACUGCGACGAGAUCUUGUCGCAGCUGCGGUCGAGAGGCUCGGAGCCCAACGAUGUCGCGAGGAUGCAGCUUAUCUUCGGCACGUCUCCUCGCGCACUUGUCUCAUCCUCGCUGACUAGUCUCACAGGAGCGCGCACACGACUGCACUCCUUCCAGUCGGCUCAUGGCGUCGAGAGCGAAGAGUCAGACCUGGUGUUGGGAGUACUGACGAUGCUCAUAGAGAUCUUGUGGUUCGUUGAGAAGGAGCGGCAGGGGUCAAGUCGCGUCAAGCUCGCGGACUCGAGACGUGAGACUCCCGUGGGGCUUCAGGAGCAGCUGAGAAAAGCCUUUGAGGAGGCCAACGAGAUCCUCGGAGACUUGAAGCAGAUUGCGAGCGAUCGGAUGGCAGAGAGAGCGGGAGAGAAGGAGGAGGAGCAGAACGAGACUGUGGUGCGGCUGCUGCAGGAGCUCGAUGCUGCGAAGAGAGAACUGCACGUGGCGAUGGCGUAUGAGAGGUCAGAGGGCAAUCGCAAGUCACAGUGGGAGCUCGACAAGCGUCUCGCCGAGGAGGUGAAUUGGAAGCAAGAGCGGCAGGUGCUUCUCCAAGAGCUCGCCUCCAGCCGCGAGUACGUCCAGGUUGCCAUGGAGACUGAGACCAUGAUGAGCGAGCGAGCGAGGCGGUGGAGCGAGGAGAGGAUGGGCCUUGUGCGGCAGCUGGAGGAGCAGGAGAGGGAGAUGGAGGGCUUGAGGAAGAGCAAGAGGGAGGCAGAGAGACGGAGGGAGGCAGUGGAGGAGCACACGAGCUCCAAGCAUCUGAAGGAAGCGGCGACGAGCUGCGCCAGCGCUGUGAAGCUGCUCGUGCUCGAGGCGCGUGAGGACGUGGAAGCCUUGCUGUCGACAGAGGAGGAGCAGUCGGCGUGCUUGGCGACGGCAGUGGAAAGUCUGUACGAGAUGCUGGAGGUACGGGACUACUUUGCGCAGAAGCUGGGGGAGACGGAAGGGAUGGUACUGGACAUGGAGGAGGUGCUGCUGGGGCUGGACAACGUCAUGGAGACGCUCGAGGCCCUUGCAGGCUCCCUAACCACGAGGUUCUCAGUUUAA